UAGACAUGGAAGUUUCUUGAAAAAUGCUUUGAUAUGCAGCUUGUCAUUGCUACUGUUCACUGAUGCAGGCAGGACCCUCCAAUGUCUCAUCAAGUUACAUUCACAAAAAGAGAUCAUUUAGUCAUGGAAUUUAUUAGAAAAUGUACUAAUUCUUUUGUUUGCAGCUUGCUAAUACUAAUCAACGGAUGUAGGGGCCCUCCAAAUCCAAUGUGUUGCUAAGUUCAUUCAUAAGAGAAAAGCAGCAAACAUAUGAGGACCCUUCACUGUAUCUCCAAUUUCAUUCAUUAAAGAAAAGCAGCGAAAUCAGUGUCUUUUUGUUGGACCAGAAGGAGCUUGCUUGUUCCAACCCUUUGUCCAAUCAAAUCAUGCAUGGAAAUGGAAUCUCCUUGUUGAAUGGCAGAUAUAUGGGCACAAGUUGUGAAAUGAAUAAGAGAUUUAAAUAGAUCCUUUGAGUUAUGCAGUGCAGGAUGGUACAGUGAUAUUGUACUGUGUUGAAGUGACUGGUGGGACAAUUGUCUUCCUUCUCAAUCUAUAUCUCUCUCUCUCUCACACUAAUUUUUUUCUCAUGUCUAUCAUAUUCUCAACAUACUUGCAAAGCAAAGCACUCUCUCUUGGUUGGUUACUUGCAUAUGUAGGAGGAACACAGAUCCCCAUAUAUGUGGUGGUGGUAGUAGUGGUGGUGUGUGGGGGUUGUGGAGCUGAUUGCAGUCAUUCUCUUUGCUUAGUUUAAAGGGAGCAGUUUUGUUCUCUCUUCUGGAGCUUCUUCUUGUUCCUAAUGGAGGAGACACAAUGAUUGUGCAACCAGCUUCACUGAGAAGAAGUAGAAGAAGAAGAAGAAGAAGAUGAAAUCUAUGAACAGUAACAGUAGUAACAGUAGUAGCAGCAGCAACAACAACAACAACAAUAACAACUGGUUGGGUUUCUCUUUGUCUCCUCAACUGAACAUGGACUUGUCUACUGAAGCAGCAAACCAUGAACACCAAGCUCAAUGCAGCUUCUUUUUACCUUUUGGAGCUCAACCAGACAUUCAUGGUGGCUUCUACUCUCAACAACUCUCUAUCAUGCCUCUCAAGUCUGAUGGUUCUCUUUGCAUCAUGGAAGGAAUUGUGCCAACUCCAUCACCAAAACUAGAAGAUUUCUUAGGAGGUGGUGCUGGUGGUCCAAACAUAGGGACCCAUCAGUAUGGCAACAAUGAUGGGGAAACUGUGGCAUUAAGCUUAGACAGCAGCAUGUACUACCAUCAAAACCCUGAACAUCAGAGCAACCCUAGAGUUAACCACCCCCUUGACCUCCUUCACCAUCCUUCCUAUUUCCAGCCAUUACCAGAACCUAUCUGCUCUGGACUUCCAAACCAGGACAUGUAUCAGAACCACCACCAGCAACAACAACAACAGCAGCAGCAGCCAUUGGAGGAAGUAUCAAUGGUGGAUGAAGGCAUGCCAAACUUGAAGAACUGGGUGGCAAGACACUAUGGUGAUUUGCAGUCUUUGAACUUGUCCAUGAGUCCUGGCUCUCAGUCUAGUAGCUGUGUCACAGCUCCACAUCAUCAUCAUCAUCAGCAUCAUCAUCAACUCUCUACUACAACUGAGUGCAUUGCUUUAGAUUCAACCAAAAAGAGAGGAACUGGAAAAGGGGGACAUAAGCAACCAGUUCAUAGGAAAUCCAUUGAUACCUUUGGCCAGAGAACAUCUCAGUAUAGAGGUGUCACAAGGCACAGAUGGACUGGAAGAUAUGAAGCUCAUCUUUGGGAUAACAGCUGCAAAAAAGAAGGCCAAACUAGGAAAGGAAGACAAGUUUAUCUAGGUGGGUAUGAUAUGGAGGAGAAGGCAGCAAGAGCAUAUGAUUUGGCUGCAUUGAAGUACUGGGGAACAUCCACUCACAUUAAUUUCCCUCUGGAGAAUUAUCAUGAAGAACUUGAAGAAAUGAAGAACAUGAGCAGGCAAGAGUAUGUUGCACAUUUGAGAAGAAAAAGCAGUGGAUUUUCACGCGGAGCUUCGAUUUAUCGAGGAGUCACAAGACAUCAUCAACAUGGAAGAUGGCAAGCAAGAAUUGGAAGAGUUGCAGGAAACAAAGACCUUUAUCUUGGAACAUUCAGCACUCAAGAGGAAGCAGCUGAAGCAUAUGACAUUGCAGCAAUCAAAUUCAGAGGGGUGAAUGCAGUGACAAACUUCGACAUUACAAGAUAUGAUGUAGAGAAGAUCAUGGCAAGUAGUACAUUGCUCACCGCCGAUCUUGCCAGAAGAAUUACCGCCUUGCCCGAUGCUGUUAUCGAUGUGCCGGCAGUUAACAACAGCAGCAAUGAAGAGUUGAGCAGUGGUGGGUCUGAUUGGAAGAUGGCACUCUAUCAGUCUCCUCAGCAAGUAUCAGCAGCAUCUCUGCAUGGAAUUGCUGCAGCAAUGGAGGAUGCCGGAGAUGUUGGUAACGUGGAGUUAUCGAGAGAAAGAAGUCCUGAGGGGACCGGGACGGUGACAGUGGCCGGAGGUGAACUCUCAAUGCUUCAUUCUAGGCCGCUGCCGCCACCACCGCCGCCGCCUUCUUCAAUGUUCAUUGGUGCAAGUCCUGUUACUGUUAGUCCUUGGAUUCACUUGCCAUUGUUUGCUGCUUGGACUGAUGCUUAGAGUGCUAACAAUAGUCAUAUAAAGAAUGUGAGCAUUAACAAGAGAAAAUUUUAGGGUGAGAUGUAGAGAGAUCAUCAGACAGUGUAUCUUUGAUCUGUUUUUU